CCCUGGCUGUGACGUCAAAUUCCGCGUGUGCGCGCGUGUGAGCCAAGUGCAGAGCUGCGAGAACGUCUUCAUCAUCAGCCUCUGUAUCAGCCUCUGCUUCAGCUGUAGUACGCGGUGGUUCACGUGGAGCAAAGCGAUGUAUUCGUGCAGAGCGGCCUGGCAGAAGUGCGGACCUUUGGCACGGAGAGCUGCCCACAGACUGCCCCGGGAUGUUGUGCCACGGCGGACGAUGUCCUCACAGACUGGUAGUACCAAGCAAGCCAUAGGCUACACCGUAGCGUGCAGUGGAGCCUUUGUCGGCGCUUUAGCAUUGGCGUACGCCAUGACAAAUUCUGACCGGUACAACGAACGCAUCGCACAAAUGGAUGCCAGACCCAAGGAGUGGACACCAAAGCCAUGGCCACCUAAGAGUGCAGGCGAUGAAGAGGCUGCAGAGGAGGAGGAGGAGGAGGAGGAGGCGGCAGCUGAGGCUGAGGAAGAGGAGGCUGCUGCACCUGCUGAUACUGAGCCAGACACUGUGGUGGAGGCUGUUGCUGAGGCAGUAGCGGAGGCUGCUGAAGUGGUCGUGGAGGCAGCGGAGGAAGUCGCUGAGGCUGCACAGGAGGUGGAGCAAGUCGCGGAAGAAGUGGCCCAAGUGGCAGAAAAUAUUGAGGAGGCUGCCGAGGCCGUCGCAGAACCUGCCUCCGUCACUGCCGAGGAGCCCGAAAGCAACGUGUUUCCGGUAGCUGCCGCUAGUGUAUCAGAACUGAAGAUGGCCAAAUCACCAGCAGAAGCACAGCCCAUUGAAGUAACUUCUCUAGUUGAAGAUGUUACUAAACAAGAAGAGGCUCCUGUACCAGUAGAGGUUACAACAACAGAAGAAGCAUCUGCACCAAUCGAAGAGGCACCAGUUGAAGUUACAUCUGUGGAGGAACCUGCGCCAGUUGUGGAGGAGGCACCUGCGCCAGUUGUGGAGGAGGCACCUGCGCAAGCUGUUGAGGAAGCCCCUGCACCAGUUGUUGAGGUUGCCCCAGUUGUUGAGGAGGCCCCUGCACCAGUAGAGGCUGUCCCAGUUGUUGAGGCCCCUGCACCAGUUGUUGAGGAAGCACCUGCACCAGUGGAGGCUGCCCCAGUUGUUGAGGAGGCCUCUCCAUCAGUUGUUGAGGAAGCACCUGCACCGGUGGAGGCUGCCCCAGUUAUUGAGGAGGCCCCUGCACCCGUUGUUGAGGUGGCACCCGUUGUUGAGGAGGCCCCUGCACCCGUUGUUAUGGAGGCCCCUGCACCCGUUGAGGAAGCACCUGCACCAGUGGAGGCCGCCCCAGUUGUUGAGGAGGCCCCUGCACCAGUUGAGGAAGCACCUGCACCAGUGGAGGCCGCCCCAGUUGUUGAGGAGGCCCCUGCACCAGUUGAGGAAGCACCUGCACCAGUGGAGGCCGCCCCAGUUGUUGAGGAGGCCCCUGCACCAGUUGAGGAAGCACCUGCACCAGUGGAGGCCACCCCAGUUGUUGAGGAGGCCCCUGCACCAGUUGAGGAAGCACCUGCACCAGUGGAGGCAGCCCCAGUUGUUGUGGAGGCCCCUGCACCAGUUGAGGAAGCACCAGUGGAGGCCGCCCCAGUUGUUGAGGAGGCCCCUGCACCAGUUGAGGAAGCACCUGCACCAGUGGAGGCCGCCCCAGUUGUUGAGGAGGCCCCUGUACCAGUUGAGGAAGCACCUGUACCAGUGGAGGCCGCCCCAGUUGUUGAGGAGGCCCCUGUACCAGUUGAGGAAGCACCUGCACCAGUGGAGGCCGCCCCAGUUGUUGAGGAGGCCCCUGCACCAGUUGAGGAAGCACCUGCACCAGUGGAGGCAGCCCCAGUUGUUGAGGAGGCCCCUGCACCAGUUGAGGAAGCACCAGUGGAGGCCGCCCCAGUUGUUGAGGAGGCCCCUGCACCAGUUGAGGAAGCACCUGCACCAGUGGAGGCCGCCCCAGUUGUUGAGGAGGCCCCUGUACCAGUUGAGGAAGCACCUGUACCAGUGGAGGCCGCCCCAGUUGUUGAGGAGGCCCCUGUACCAGUUGAGGAAGCACCUGCACCAGUGGAGGCCGCCCCAGUUGUUGAGGAGGCCCCUGCACCAGUUGAGGAAGCACCAGUGGAGGCCGCCCCAGUUGUUGAGGAGGCCCCUGCACCAGUUGAGGAAGCACCUGCACCAGUGGAGGCCGCCCCAGUUGUUGAGGAGGCCCCUGCACCAGUUGAGGAAGCACCUGCACCAGUGGAGGCCGCCCCAGUUGUUGAGGAGGCCCCUGCACCAGUUGAGGAAGCACCUGCACAAGUUGUUGAGGAGGCACUAGCUGAAGAGCCAGUCACUACUACAGCCGCUGAAGAAGAUAUUGAUGCAGCUCCAGCUCUAGUGGCCUCUCUGGGCGAAGAUCCCAAGAAAGAGUACAUAGUUGUUGUUCUGGAAGGAGCACCUAAAGAAGAAAAGAGGCCCAGGGUGCUGGGGGUGGGGCCCAUGACUGGUAGAAUCAUCCCAGCUCCAGAUGAUGAAGAGGCUCCUGCUUCUGAGGGUACGCGACGUCUUCUAAAGAUGCAAAUGCAGUAGUUCCAGUGAAGUGAUUGUCUCCUGAGUGAUGAAGACGUGCCUUCUCCAACACGUUCCUGUCGUCCUUUUACCCACAAUUCCAUGCAUUGACUAUACAGUUUCAGUGUAAAGCACACACAUGUGAGACAGUGUUUAGAUCAAUAUCUACUCUGUGAAACUGUCUUCCGUUACUAUGACACUCCACACUGACCACUGUCUCUGUGACCUCUGACCUCUGUG